UCGGCGUCCGGAAUGGCGGUUGAAGACGACUGUAAACUGAAGUUCUUGGAGCUAAAGGCGAAGAGGAACUACCGCUUCAUCAUCUUCAGGAUCGAGGGCCAACAGGUGGUGGUGGAAAAGCUCGGCAGCCCGGAGGAAAGUUACGAAGACUUCACCGCCUCCCUCCCCGCCGACGAGUGCCGCUACGCCGUCUUCGACUUCGACUUCACCACGGACGAGAAUUGCCAGAAGAGCAAGAUCUUCUUCAUCGCCUGGUCUCCUGAUACCUCAAAGGUGAGGAUGAAGAUGGUGUAUGCGAGUUCCAAGGACAGAUUCAAGAGGGAGCUUGACGGCAUACAGGUUGAGCUGCAGGCAACAGACCCCAGUGAAAUGAGCAUGGACAUUGUAAAAGCUCGAGCGAUGAUCUGA